AUGUUAUAUUUUUCUUUUUAUAUUAUUCAUUGUAUAAAAAAAAUGUAUUUUUUUUUCUCAUUAUUAGUUUUUUUUUUAUUAAAUAUAAAUAUACAAAGUAAAAAUAUUGAUUUUUUAAAGUUUAAUGCAUUUGUAUAUCCUUAUAAGAAACAUAAAGUUUUUACAAAACAUCAUAACAACUGUGUAUAUAAAAACAAGAAUAUUCAAAACAUAAUUCAACGAAAUGUUUUUUUAAAACAAAAUAUAAAAAAUAUAGUAAGAAGUAAAAGUAUUUUAAAAUUAAAAUUAUUUUCCUCAUCAUCAGUCUCAAUUUUUAAAUUUUUUUUAUCAAAUAAACAAAAUAUAAAAUUAGCUGCUUUACACUUUAUAAGAAUAUACAAAUUUAUAAUUUAUAUAAGAUGCUUAUUAGAAUGGUUACCUCAAAUUAAUCCGCAUUUAAAUCCGUUUGUUUUUAUUUUUACUUUUACAAAUAAUUAUGUUCAAUUCUUUCAUAAAAUUGUUCCUAAUGUAUUUGGAAUAGAUUUGAGCGGAAUUUUUUCUUGGCUUUUUUUAGAAAUGAUAGAAAAUUUUUUAUCUUAG